AUGAUGUUGUCAAUUUUCCUCAGCUUGUUAUUAAUUUUCUUAUCCCGUAACUGUGUCCAAUCGGGGGCUGUUUUGACUCAACCAGAGGCAGAAACAGGCCACCCUGAAGGCCCGCUGAGACUGACCUGUAAGACCAGCGAGUUCAAUUUUGUUAGCCACAGAAUGCAUUGGGUCCGACAGGUUCCCGGACAGGGGCUGGAGUGGUUGGUUUACUACUAUGCUUCAUCCAGAAAUGACUACACCCUAGCGAUUAAGGAGCGAUUUACUGCCUCCAAAGACAUUACAAAGAGCAUCUUCAUUUUGGACAUGAAGAGCCUGAAGAUCGAAGACACCGCCAUCUACUACUGUGCAAGAGACUGGGGUGGCUCACUCCAUUACUGGGGACAAGAAACCAUGGUGACAGUGACUGCAGUCAACGGCUCCCGUAUCCUAACUUGA